CGGAGGCGGUGGGGCCGGCGACGGCGGCGGAUUCGAGAGCCUGACUUGUCACAAGUGGUUCUGUGACCUGCUGUUCGGGGUGGGCGUGGGGCCUGCGGCCGCGGAGAUGCCGUCAGAGGGCCGAUGUUGGGAGACCCUGCAGGCUCUGAGGAGUUCCGACAAAGGGCGCUUGUCCUACCAUCGCGACUGGCUGCUGAAGGGCGAGGAGAUUUUGGAAGAAUGUAUGUCAAUUCCUGAGUUAUCUACUUACUCUGGAUGGGUGGUAGACCACAUCUUGCCUCACUCUCGCCAGAAUCAACUUGUCUCUGAGAAUUCAACACUCUCCUCUGCUCCUGACCAGGUAUUAUCUAUUCCUAAAUCUCCUGCCAGACACGCAGAGGUAUCCUCACCAGUUUCCCGUGCCGCUCCAAGUGGAACUCAGAGUCAAGAUGAAUACAAUCCAGCAGAAUUUGUGAUACUUCGCCCCUCCCGGGGAAUGGAGGUAGAAGGAUGCAUUCGAAUGUAUGAGGAAGUACACAGGAUGAAAGGAACCAAAGGACUGAGGCAGUGGCAGGAAGAACAUGAGAGGAAGGUACGGGUUCUGUCUGAGAUGGCAUCAGAGCAACUGAAGCGUUUUGAUGAACGAAAGUCUUUGAAACAGCACAAAGAAUACCAGGACCUUCGGGAGGUGAUAGAGAAAAGUUUCAAAGAAGCACAAGGUCAGCAGGAGAAGUUAAAAGAAGAACAUCGUCAUAGAGCCAAGAUCCUCAACCUGAAGCUACGUGAGGCUGAACAGCAGCGGUUGAGGCAGAUAGAACAAGAGCGGCUUAGAAAGGAAGAGGGUCAGGUUCGUUUGCGACGUCUCUAUGCCCUUCAAGAGGAGGUGUUGCAGCUCAACCAGCAGCUGGACCCCAAUUAUCAGCACAAAGACCUGCUGAGAAUAGACCUUUCUGGGUAUGGAAGCAGAGGAAACCAGCUAUGUGGGCUUAUCUCGGGCAUCAUUCGAACCACCAGUGAGAGAGGUUUUCCUACUCCAGAGGAUGAAGCCAUGGCAGAGCGUGCCCUGCAAGAAAUGCAGCAGGUGCUUACUAGCUUGCAACAGGAGAUUUCCAAGGCUAUUGAGGAAAAGAAGAGACAAGAUGAAGAGCAGGCCAAGGAGAAGCAGAGGGAAUUACAGCAGCAACCAAAAGCAGAAAAGGAGACCCCAGUUCUUACCCAGUUCCCAGGAGGAAAACAGAGAGAAGGCCUCCAGGUGAAAGCAGGAGACAGUACAAUGCAGUGGUACCAGCACCUACAGGAUGCUGCCAGUCAGUGUAUGUUGGCUUUUGAUGGAUUAACCAACAGCAAAGAUCAUCAGACUAAAAAGAUCAAGAUGGACCUGCAGAAAGCUGCCACCAUUCCUGUGAGUCAGAUCUCUACUAUAGCAGGCUCUCAGCUGAAGGAGAUCUUUGAUAAGAUCAACAAUCUGCUCUUGGGAAAGGCUGUUCACAGUGGAGGUCGGGCUGUGUCAGUGACGAACCAUCCACAAGGAUUGGACUUUGUCCAUUACAAGCUGGCAGAGAAAUUUGUGAAACAAGGAGAAGAAGAAGUGGCUUCUCACCAUGAAGCAGCAUUCCCCAUUGCUGUUGUGGCAUCAGGAAUCUGGGAACUCCAUCCCAGAGUGGGGGACCUCAUCCUUGCUCAUCUCCACAAAAAGUGCCCUUACUCUGUGCCUUUCUACCCAGCCUUCAAGGAGGGAAUGGCCUUGGAAGAAUAUCAGAAGCUCCUUGGCUACCAAGUAAAGGAUUCCAAAGUCGAACAACAGGAUAAUUUUCUGAAACGCAUGUCUGGGAUGAUUCGUCUCUAUGCUGCCAUCAUUCAGCUCCGUUGGCCUUACGGAAAUAGGCAAGGGGCUCAUCCUCAUGGCUUAAACCACGGCUGGCGCUGGUUGGCACAAAUGCUGAACAUGAAACCUCUGUCAGAUGUGACUGCCACUCUUCUUUUUGACUUCUUAGAGGUAUGUGGGAAUGCACUCAUGAGACAGUACCAAGUUCAAUUCUGGAAGAUACUACUACUCAUAAAAGAAGAAUAUUUCCCCAGAAUUGAAGCUAUCACCAGCUCAGGACAGAUGGGGUCUUUCAUACGUCUCAAACAGUUCUUGGAGAAAUGUCUGCAUCACAGGGAGAUUCCUGUCCCAAAGGGCUCUCUGCCCUCUUCUUUCUGGCGUUCCUGAUGGUGGCUUGGGUGCUGGUUCCUUUCUUGGAGGGAAAGAAAUAAAGGAACAAAAGACAGCAGAGUUUGGGGGGAAGUUGUCUCAGAUUUUAAAAUCCGAAAAUGUAGUGGGUUU